CAGGCGCUGUCAGACCCUCAGCGCCCCAGCAGAGAGGGAGGACGCACUGAAGAGAGGCCAGUUCUUCCUCAGCAGCGGGCUGGGCGGGUUGGUGUAGAAGAAGCGGUCCAUCAGUAACAGACAGUCUGACCGCUAGCCGGGAGGGAAAAGAUCGAUGGCAGGAGUGAACGGGGAUCGGAAGGGAAAGAAAGACGACAGUGGGCUUGGCACAGCGAUCGACUUUGUGCUCUCUAAUGCAAAGCUGGUGCUGGGAGUCGGAGGAGCAGCCAUGCUCGGGAUCGCCACACUGGCGGUCAAAAGAAUGUACGAUCGAACACUCAGUGCUCCAUCCAGUCCCACUAAAGCCAACCCAUCGGAGCGAAGAAGCUGGGAGGAACCAAGCUGGCUGGGGUCGUCACCACGGACGCUGAACCAUGACAUGAAACAGAACGUCAGCCGCUCUCUACAGACGCUUCCCACCUCCUCCAGCUCCUUCAAGCCAGAUUCUUUACAUCGUGUCAUGGGCCGGGGUGGUGGCCGCCCUGUUAAGGCUGAACUCCAGAAGGCACGGAUGCGCCUCUCACUGCAGGAACACCUCUGGGCCUUCUUUCAUGAACGAGUGGCGAUCCCCUCGGAGGAGCAGGCCGCCGCUCGCAGGGCUGCGUUGGAUAUCUGUGCGGAGCUCAGAGUCUUUCUCCAUGCCAAACUACCCGAUAUGCCUCUCCGAGAAAUGUACCUGAGCGGAAGUCUAUAUGAUGACCUUCAGGUGGUUACUGCUGACCACGCCCAGCUAAUGGUACCCAUGAUCCUUGAGAAGAAUCUCUGGUCAUUCGUUCCUGGUGAGGACACCAUCAUGAAUGUUCCUGGCUUCUGGCUGGUUCGUCGGGAAAACCUUGAGUACUUCCCGCGUGGAAGCAGCUACUGGGACCGCUGCAUGGUGGGUGGCUACCUUUCCCCAAAGAGCAUCCUAGAAGUCUUCGAGAAGCUUGUCGCAGGCUCCAUCAACUGGCCCGCCAUCGGUAGUGUUUUAGAUUAUGUCAUCCGACCUGUGGUCCCGUCAGAAACGCUUGCACUAGAAGUGCAGUAUGAAACAGACCGUCGCCUUUAUGUGGACUUCCUCCCAUUGCUUGUUAUGGAGGACGGCGUCUCGCUGAUCGCCAAACCGCAUCGAUUGGCCGCUGAACGGCAUGAGAACCUGUGGCGGCAGAGUUUUCACAUGGCGCAAACAGCAAAGUUGCGUGCACUCGAUCAGGAAGACUCUGGAUGUCGUUGCGCAUGUCUUAAAGUCGUUAAAGCUGUGUGUAAACUGAAUCCAGCGCUGGCACGGUUAAACGCAAGCCAGCUCAGUAAUGCAAUCCUUCUCCUGUGUGAACAGGAGGGCGAUUGGACUCAGGAAGCUCUCGCCGAUCGUUUCAUGCAGCUGCUUCGUGCACUAGUGGGACACCUAGAGGCUGGGAGGCUACCAUGCAUCCUUAAUCUCAAAGUCGAUCUGUUCUGUGAGCUAACGCCACAGGAAAUAGAUGAACUGGGAUACACACUCUACUGUGCAUUGUCCGACCCAGAAUGCCUUUUGAGAACUGUUUAGCAAACACGCUUUCACACAUGCUACUACCUUUGAGUUGAGUUGAUACACAUACAUGUCUUGUUCUCAGUAGAGCAGUAACCUCAUUGUUUUUUACACAUUCAUAUUUUUGUCAGUCAUACCAUCAUCAGUUAUUUUCAGCUACUACAACCUCAUCUGUUGGUCAUAUUUGAUGUGGCCUAUCUUACAUCAUUUCAGUGUUUUUGAUUGUCCUAAUUCACAGUGAAGUGUAAUGUUGAUUGUUUAUUUAUCUAGUGGAGAAUCAGAUUCUGGCUUCAGUGAUAUUUUAUUAUAAAUUCAAGCACCAUCAUCUCUUCUGUGUUUGCUGUUACCCAAAAUGCCAUGAGUUUCUAUGACGGUAAUUUGAUACGUUACAUUUGAUCUAUGAAAUUCAUGGUUUUAUGUUCGGCAGUUAUUUGUUAUGUGGAAAAUUGUUCAGUAUUUUCUCCAAUUUGUUCUUGGAUUCAUCAAAAAGCUUUCAUCAGAGUGAAUUUUGAGAAAUAUAUAUAUGACAUGGGGAGGUGUUUUAGAUUAAUCAGAUGGCAGGUUUUCAAAUUAUCUUUCAGUUACUAAUAGCGUUGCAAAGUGGGGAUACAUUUCCGGAAACUUUCCAAAAAUCCCAGCAAUAUUCAAAAAAAUCCUGGAGAGUUUCCAACAUUUUCUGGAAAUUUACCACCUUUUUGCAACCCUAGACUAAAUUUCCAGCGAUUUUUCAUAAACGUAUUUCCAUCUUUCUUGUCGGUUUGUGCCAUAUAUGCAAAUUACUUAUUAUACAAGGAGUGCAACUGUGGUAUUAUGUUCUGAUUUUUUUAGUUGAUAAUGUAGCAUACAUGCUUAUUUUCAGUUACGUUAUCUGAGUUAUCUUUCAAAAGUCACUCAUAGAAAUGUUGAAGAGAUAUGAUGUUAUUUAAAUGGUUGACACGGGUUAUUACCACACUGCUGAAACCAGAUGAAGAUUAAAACCUGAAUUAAUAAUCAAAACACAUAUUUAGAAUGGCUAUACAAAGAGUAGAUGGGAUUUUUAUUAUAUUAAAGCUGCCUAAUAAACCAAGGAAACCCAUGCAGACCUCCUUAAAUAUUUAGAAUAGUUUAAAAACACUCUCGGUUCAAUGUUUUGAGGCUGUGAGUUAUAUGGAACGUUUGGGUGAACCGAAAGACGGUAUUGUACACCGAAACCUGUAAUAAAAAAGACUUCAUAGAGACAUUUUAGUAUUUUUGUAUUGAUUGUACAAAUGUAACCAAAAAAAAUCAGUGUGAAAGUAUUUAUGUAUAUCUUGUUAUGAUCAUACUUUGUGCUUGGAGAGUGACGUUUGUUCGAACAAAAUAUACAACAGGCUACGUCUCGGAUAAGAAAUGCCAAAACUCGCAGGAGAUCUUGUUUAUGUUUCGAAGCAUUUAUUUUGCUUGUGUAACCAGAACACCUGUGUCUCCCUGUGUGAUGUAGCAGUACCUAGCGAAUGAUAUGAAAGGGCAGCACCGAAUCCAAAAGUAGAUCUCUAGUGGAGUUUAGCUUGGCCUAGUACUUUGCAUGUGAUGCUUGUGUACUUGUGUCUUCAUUUCCUGGUGAUUCGUAUUUUUUAUUAAACCGCACUUUGUAUCGUUUGUUCUGUAAGAGUGUUUCGUGCCUCGGUCUCUGGACUGCAAUACUGAACAAAGGAUGAAUAUAAAGUCGACUGGAGUGAAACUGUA